CUUGGCAGAGUACAGAGCCCUUCAAAAUUUAUAAUUUCCAAAAUAAUAUGGACCCGCAGAGAGCGACGACGAAAAAAGUUGAGCGAGAGGCGUCCUCGGAGGCAGAAGGGAGCCCCCAAGCAGAGACCAGUUGUCCUGUAGUCCAGCUGGAGGAUGCAGCCGCAAAGAAUGAGGUGCCACCGGCUGCGGUUGACAGUCCGGUGGUACAUCUGAAAGAUGCCACUGUGGGUUCCACCGAAACAGAUGUCUCGCCCGAUGUCAAAAAAGAGCCAGAAGCCUCCUGCCCUCUGGAUGAGAUGCCCAGCACCAGCCAACAGGGCACUGUAGAAGGACAAAAGCCGGAGUCGGGAAGGUCUCAAGGUCGCCUGAAUCACCUCAUCGAUAUGCUCGAUAACUUUACGAUCCGUCUGGACGUAAUCGAGGAGAAGGUACGGCGCGAGGACGAAGAAUGCCUCGAUCCAGAGCCCGUUACACUCACAGUGGACUCUGGUACGGCGGUGAUCAUUCAGAUACCAGAGAUCUGUGAGCUGGGCACGCAGACGGUGGUCACACGACCGCCCCGCCGCCUCGCCAUACCGACAGCGCCGCCGCGUAACCAGCCAGACACACGGGCUCCCUGUGAACGCACCCACCACACCAUACAGAUCCGAUCGAACAAUAAUCGUGGGAAUGCGGCGGCGGCGGCGGAACAGGGGCCACCGUCCUUGGGCGCCCGCAUUGUGCGAGCCUUGGGGGACUUUGGGGCCGCCUUCUGCCUGUGUCUGCAGAUCAACAAGGACUGCAUCUUCUGUCUGGGCUUCUUUGUGGCCUUCGUUGUGAGUGCCAGCUUCCUGACGGCCUUCUUUUAUCGCACCCUCAACUUGACGUCCCCGGCAGCACGCGUACCAGGCGACGCAUUCGGUGGAGCGACGGGAUCCUCUGAUGUGGCCACUCUCCGCUUCAAUGGCGGCUACUACUACAUCUACAACAGACAGCGGCAGCAACUUCAAUAAGCGUACUUUUAUGGGAUCUUCUUUGAUGGAUUUUACACUAAAAUUUAUUCCGAAAAC